CUUCAGAAUUCACAGUAACUCCGUCGUCGUGAAAGUAAGCUUUUCGUUCGGUUUUCAUUCUCUCGUCUCUCUCCGAGAAAUCGAAACAUUUGAAGCGACCAAAGAGUCAACAAAGCCCACGAGGACACCGUCACAUCGACCGGUUCAAAUCAAUUCAGUUGUCUUUUUGCCCGGCUCAUAGAGUUCGAGAUUCCGUAGGAACCAGUGCCGGUCAUAUAGCCCCAACGCCUACACAGUAACGUACGCAUACACGUCAAGAAUGAGGGAUUACAUCUGGUUGCUACUAGUCGCUUUGGCCAGCGUUCAAGCGCAAUACUAUUACCCACAACCGUCUCCGCCGUUCGAAAUUCCAACACCUGUGGAUCCCAGCCCUGCACCGUCUACCCAAGCUCCUACACUUGCACCGACGACUCAGCCUCCCCCACCGCCACCUACAGUCGCACCGGUUGUCGAAGAAUACACGACGCCUAGUCCUCCUCCCCCGACGACAGCGGCCCCAACGACGCUCCCUCCGCCACCGCCGACAACUACCGCGGCUCCAACGACCGUUUACGUUCCUCCACCUCCACCUCCCACUACAGCGGCACCUACACCAGCACCUACACCAGCGCCUACACCGGCCGUAGAGUAUCUUCCACCACCACCAAGCACUACCCUACCACCUCCACCACCACCACCCCCAACCACUACCCUACCCCCUCCACCACCACCAACCACCACUGUACCCCCUCCACCACCCCCCAACACACUCCUACCCCCUCCACCACCCCCAACCACUACCCUACCACCUCCACCUCCACCAACCACGACCCUACCACCUCCACCUCCACCAACUACCACCUACGCUCCCCCACCUCUGGAGUAUCUACCACCAGUGACAUCUCGGCCAGUGCCCGUGCCAACUGAGAAUCCUCUUUUCCCCGAUGCCAACGAGAAUCAACAGGUGAGCAUCUUAUUCCCAACAGCCGCACCGACGACAACGACAACGACCACCACACCCGCUCCAGUUGUCGUUGUAACGACACAGCGUCCAGCACCUCCACCACCUCCACCAGUGCAACCCGUCCUUACCGAAUCGCAAGAGGAGAUCGCCUUCUGGGACUUCCGUGAAUCGAUUCCCGGCGAACCGGAAUUGGACUACCCAAUUUUCGAUAAGAUUCCGGUCACAGCUUUCACUUGCGAUGACAAGAUCGACGGUUAUUACGCUGAUGUUGAAGCGCGUUGCCAAGUGUUCCACGUCUGCACAGCCAUUCCGGAUGGAACGUCUAUCAAGAAUUCCUUCCUCUGCCCUAACGGAACCAUUUUCAACCAGGAAAAUUUCGCUUGCCAAUGGUGGCCUGACGUCGAGUGCGCUUCAAGUUCCGAUUUUUUCUCUUUGAAUGAAAAUAUUGGCAAAAUCCCUGAACGCUUACUUGGCGAUGAACAGCAAGUUGUUAUCGCUGCUGCUUCUCCCAUUGCCGUAGUAGCUCCAGCACCGGAGCCAGCCAAGGCCGCUGAGCCCAUUGCGGUAGCCGUUCCACUUCCGGCAGUUAUCCAACCGGCCGUUCAGGCCCAGGCUAUUGCCGUUUCGCAAUCGGUGGUUGAACCUGCCGUAGCUACUGCCUCCGCCGCUGCGGUCGUCAUCCCCGCUCAACUGGAUUCAGUUGCCGCCGUAGCUGUUCCAGCUCCAUCAGAAGCCGUUGCUGUUCCGGCUGCUGAAAUCGCUUAUGAAUCCGCAGCUGCAGCUUCGCCUGAGGUUCAGGCUGUUAUUAUUCCCGAGCUUAUCGCUCCAGUCGAGAUUCCGGCACCAGAGGUCAUUUCCAUCCGCGACGAACCGGUUCAACAGGUGGUUCAAGUCGCUCUGCCCCAGGCUCCCAGCAGCCUCUAUGAAACUCCGGAUGCCAGCUCCUCUGGUGCUCAAUACAAGUACUAAGAUGCGGAUGCAAUCGGACAGAGCCUUCUCCCCACCUUCAACCCAAAAAAAAAAAAUAAUAAUAAUAAAAAUGAAAAUGAUUCGAAAUUGCGAUAUCCAAGUAGGCGCGUUCGUGGUGGAGAAAGCUACCAAAACCGAUCAUCAGACAUGAUUAGGAUAUGCAAAAUACUCCCCCCUCUUCUCCGGCCCUUUAAAAAAAAAAAAACCAACAAAACAGAAAAUCGAAAAAAUCAGAAUAUCCGGUAUUUUUUUUAAACACCUAUUAUACAUACGAAGCUUUCCAUCAAUUUUAGAGCGCUAACGUGUAUAUUUUGUACGGAAAGAAAGCCGUCUUUUGAAAUGGCCUUUCUCCCCCCCUUUUUUUUUUUCUCUUUCCAUCCUCAUCCAACUUACCCCGAAACGCCAGACGCAUGUAACAUAAUACUAUGGCAAAAAAAAAAAAAGAAAAAGACGAAUGCUUUCAACAUCAGCCAACCGUUCAAAACGUAGGAUUUCGUUUUUCAUUUUUUUUUUUUUGGGCUCCAACACCUGUCAAGUCAGACACGGACGAUAAACUCGGAAGAGAUGGACUAAUUUUUUUCUCUCCCCCCCCCAUAACUUCCCCAAAGAUUCUGACUGAAAAGAAUCCUAUUUUUUUACACCGUCCAGCAGUAGCCGUCUUAUUAUGACUUUUUCAUUCACGAAACGAAUACAAUGAGUGUCAAACUAUCAA